CAAAAGAUGGCUCUCCGGUAAUCUAUUUUUAGCUCUCACUCUGUAGUUAGUAUGCCAUUACACGAAUGUGUUGAUAACUGCAUACAUCUGUCGUACACUGUUUUAGUUAAGUAAAUCGGAGGCCUUGCCUUUGCUAACACACACAUUCUAUUGAUAUUUGAGAUGCUUGCUUUUGGUGCUGGAGCUGAAGACACUAAGAGUAACAGGGCUGAACCCAACUUUGGUCUGAGAGCCAAGGAGCGUAAGCACUACACCGAUGAAGUGUUGGACGAUGAUGAGAUUGAGGGAUCCCGGACGUUCAGUCUUGAGGAGAAACUCACCUGUCAUAGCUUCAAUGCCAACUUUGUCAAGGUCAUGAAGGGAGAAGAUUUCAACCUGAAGUUGGUCCAGGAGUUAGGAUUCUAUUCUCCCAUGGUAUUCUAUGACAAAGCUGGACUAGGCAUGAGGGUCCCUGGGAAUAACUUCCAAGUGAGCGAUGUCAAGCAGUGUGUGGGUAGUCGGCGGAACCUUGAUGUGAUGGACGUGACAACCCAGAAGGGUAUGGAGAUGACCAUGAAAGAGUGGUGCAAGUACUAUGAGAAUCCAAAAAGAGACAGGUUGCUCAAUGUCAUCAGUUUAGAAUUCAGCCACACGAAGCUGGAGAAUUAUGUGGAAUCACCUAAAGUGGUGCGUCAGAUUGAUUGGAUAGACACGGUGUGGCCGAGGCAUCUCAAGGAAUGUCAGACAGAAUCGACCAAUAUCAUCGAGAAGAUGAAGUAUCCUAAAGUUCAAAAGUACUGCCUCAUGAGCGUUGGUGGGUGCUAUACUGAUUUCCACAUCGACUUUGGGGGAACAUCAGUCUGGUAUCAUAUUCUCCAUGGUGAGAAGAUAUUCUGGCUCAUUCCUCCCACGGAGAGGAAUUUCCGUCUGUAUGAAGACUGGGUGCUGUCGGGCAAGCAGGGUGACACGUUCUUUGGCGACCAGGUUGAGAAGUGUCAGCGCAUUCAUCUGUUUGCUGGUUACACGUUUAUGAUACCUACAGGUUGGAUCCAUGCUGUCUACACCCCCAAAGACUCGCUAGUAUUUGGUGGUAAUUUCCUGCACACAUUCAACGUUCAAAACCAGUUGAGAGUUGCAGAUGUUGAAGAUAAAACUCAUGUACCCCAGAAGUUUCGUUAUCCCUUCUAUGGUGAGAUCAGCUGGUAUGUGCUUGAACGUUACGUCUGCUGUAUGACGGGAAGGUCACAUCGAAGAGAUACGGAGGGCGAGGAAAGACCUCGCGAAGAAACUGAGGACAGAAAUCUUGACAUUGAUUUGCUCAAAAGUGAACAAACUAUCGAAUCGAUGAAAAAUGAUCCAUUAAUGGACUUGGAUUGGCCACAGAGUCCUGUCCUUGAUGAGCACAACUACAAUGUGAACCCGAGGAGUCCACAGUCACCGUUAUCAUUCAGUGCAAAGUCGCCGGUUUCUCCUUUUUCAUCUAUGGCUGAUGUCACAACUCCAUUGUCUCCCGCGCGAGUGGUAGACAAAAUGGAGGCAGUGCCAAUUAAAGACAAGUCACCCUUGAAUGGAAAUGGUGAAUCUGCUCCCCCUUCACCUUCUGAGAAAAUAGCACCAAGUUUACCAGAUUGUGAAACCACUGAUGUCAAGCCGAAGGAUCCAACCGAGAAGGAAAAUGAGCGGCCGAAGUAUCUCUCCAAAUAUGAAGUAGCUGGGCUGAAAGCUCUUGUGCAGUGGCUGCAUGACCUGCCCCCGAAUAAGAAGUGCAUACCAAAGGAUAUCCCAGACCCAAUUGGGCUGCUUCGAGAUGUUAGGAAGCUGCUCGCUGAUCAUGAAAAUGAUGACCAGGAACUGGCCUGUUCUGGGAAGCCCGUUUUAACAUGGCCCGAGUCCAGUAAGAAACCGAUGAAGCCCAAGGUGCACAAGACGCCUUCCGGACCGAAACCUCCAAAGCAACCCAAGAGUGGUGGGGGCCACAGCGGUGUGAGGAGGCGAAGAACACGAUGUAAGAAGUGUAAAGCCUGUACGAGCUCGGACUGCGGAGAGUGUCACUUCUGUAAAGAUAUGAAGAAGUUUGGUGGGCCCGGCAAGAUGAAACAGUCCUGUAUCAGUAGGCAGUGUAUGUCUCCUGUCUUGCCAAACACAGCUAUUUGUAUGAUCUGUGGCAAAGAUGAACGCAUUAAGCUGGAGAACACAGAAGAGACGAACACGACCCUGAUGGAGUGCGGUAUCUGCUGGGAGAUCCUUCAUCCUAACUGCCUCAUUCAGAAAUACGAGAACCUUACCAACGACGGUGCAGUAAAUGAGGACUUGCCUAAUAGCUGGGAGUGUCCAAAGUGUUGUCAUAGUGGGAAGCAAGGCCAACUGAAGCCCCGUGUUCCCAAGGGCGUAUCUAAGCUCCAACUCACCUCUGCGAAGAGAACAGAUAGUCGACAAUCCUCUCGUGACAGCGAUUGCUCCAAUGAUCACCUGCUCGAUAUCCAGAUUGAAGUGGAUGAGGUCAAGUCGGAGUUAGAUUUUGAUAUGGAGCUUGGCCAGGGAGAUGCACGGAAACGGAAAGAUUUCGACUCACAAGACGAUGUUCAUGUUCCAAAGAAAAAGCCCAGAAUUGAUGGUGAUGAUUCGUUCAGACUAAAAGCAGAAUGUUUGACUCCCAGGAGAGGUCAAAGGUCACGUUCAAACACUCCCAAGCCUGAAGAAAGAAACUCUGAUUUUGAUUCGACUCCAAAACGCUCAAUCCGGACAAGGAAACUCGAGGCAAUAGCUACUAGUUCACUGGAUGACUCAUUACCUUUAAAUUCUAACGGACAUAGCCUACCUCUUUCUAACGGUAGUGACAAUGACAAUGAGCAGGGUGUUGUGCCGCAGUCCCAAACUGUACUGCCAUCUCCUAAUGAAAAGCGACCAUAUUCACAGCCUGAUGAUCAGUUUACGCUGAAGAAAAUUCCCAAAGUUGUCCUCGAGCGGUUCGUUGUUCGUCCUGCACCUAUCCCACCCCCAGCGGCACUCCUUGUUAUGCAGAAUGGUAAGAACCACAUUCUUGAGCGGACUAUCUGGAUGAGAAUCUUCUCGUUCUUGUCACCUAGCGACUUGUGCCGUUGUUUGAGAGUGUGCAAGACCUGGGAUAGGUGGUGCUUGAAUAGAGACCUGUGGUCGACUGUUGAUGUUAGUAAGCGUAAAAUCACUCAGGCACAUCUCAUAGGGAUCGUGCGGCGUCAACCGAUGCAUCUGAAUUUAUCAAAAUCAAACAUAUCACGCAAGCAGCUUUCUUGGCUCCUCAGCAGAUUGCCCCAUGUGAAGAGCAUUGAUCUUAGCGGAUGUUCUUGGAGCACAAUAUCAGCACUCUGUGUCAGUGACUGUCCCCUCGUGGAGCGACUUGACUUUAGCUGGUCGGAAGGUAUCAAGGAUAGCGCAAUCAAGGAGUUGCUAACGCCGAACGCUAAUCGUCGCCCAGGUAUAAGAGAUUCAGCAACGAGGUUACGAAAGUUGACGAGUCUCGGUUUAGCCGGAACUGAUAUUACAGACGAGUCCCUCCCAAUCAUAACCCGUAACUUGGGACUCGUUGCCAACCUAGACCUAAGUUACUGUGUGCGUCUAACGGGGGAAGGCAUCAAUAAAAUGACAAAGCCACCUAACUGCCGUCGUCUCACCCAUCUGAACCUAAGUGGGAACACAAAGUUUACCUCAGAUAUUCUAGAUUACCUGAAGAGGUGUACAUAUUUGGUGAAUGUUAAGUUCAAAGGUUGCAGUCAGAUCACAAAAGCUCAAAUUCAGAAGUUUUCUAAUGUCAACAAGGGUAAGGGGUACAAAUUUGGAGGGGAUAAGGUCCUUUUGAGGGAGGGGAAGUUUCCCAAGUUCUGAGCAAGAGACAGUAAUGCUACUAGUCGAGGAUUGGUUUGGUAUGUUGAUGAUGGUAUCAAGGAAAAUUUGAUACAUAGGCUCAUAGGCUGGAAUGUCCUUGUUGUUCCUAGUUGAGACAUUUGUAAUCGUACCAGUCCUCGACUAGAGAAGCUUCACAAAUUAUGCACAGGACACUGUGUGUCUUCAAAACUCAGGGUGUUAUGUUGUGCUUUACAGUGUAAAUAAUCAUUGAACAAUGUAAAUUGCUAAAUUUUGGAAUUUGUAACGUGUAUGUGUAGGAAAAUCAUAAGUGUAAUUCAAAGGAGUGCUAAUUACUAUUGGUCCUGUACUGAUGUUAAAUUCAGAGUUAUUGCACUAGCCUCGAGGGUACCACAACCCAGCCGAACUACUUUGCUACUCUACAUUUUGCGGAGAACCACCGUUCUGUUUUCCAAGUCGGGUCAACUACCCUUGCGUUUAGUUUACUUUAAUGAAGCAUAAAUUUAUGUCAUGAUUUUGACUUCAGGAUUUUAUAAGUUAUGGGCAAGUUUUUUAUUGCUCGAGUCAUAAUAACGUUGGAAGACAAAUUGUUAAAAAAGUGAACAGAUUGUGUACAAAUUGAGUGUGCUUUUGAAUUAAUUAUUAUGUAUAUAAUGUUGACUGUUCUGUUUAAUGUCUUCAUACAUAUGUGGUUGGAAAGGCCCUGUUAAUUUUUGGUUCAUUGUUGUUGGUCCAUUGUUUAAAUCUUACAUGUACCACUACCAUCUUUAAUGAUAUAUUCAGGUAGUCAGCAGUCAGAACAGAUAAGAUCUUAAAUUGAAGCUGAUUUAAUAGUGAUUUAUGUUUAGAGAUUUGUGAUAGAGAAUUGGAUUCGAGCUUUGCUCAUGUACCACUAGUAAUUUAGAUUCUUAGACUUUUCUAACUUUGUCAUUAACUCAUAAAAUGCCUGAA